UCAGGACAUAACCGGGAAGACAGGAGAUGUGGCCAAAGAAUCUAGGAAGGCUGCAACAGCUGCAUGCGCAAAGCCUUGUUCGAGGGAGAAGGGAAAGGAAGGCUGUGUAUGAACCAGGAAGCGGGGCUGCAGGGCUUCCGGCGCAGAAGAAUUUGCGAUUACGGCGGCCGCGCAGGCUCGUCCUAUUCCGGCUCCGCGUUCCGAGCUGCUGUCGGUGUGCGCCUACGCCCCGCCCUGGAUAGUGUGGAGCCGGCUGGCCAGGCCUGCGCAGUUGCGGCGGCAGGGGAAGAUGGUGGAGGACGGCGCGGAGGAGCUUGAGGACUUGGUUCACUUCUCGGUGUCGGAGUUGCCUAGUCGCGGCUACGGCGUCAUGGAGGAGAUCCGCCGGCAGGGCAAGCUGUGCGACGUGACGCUCAAGAUCGGGGACCACAAGUUCAGUGCUCACCGGAUCGUCUUAGCAGCCUCAAUCCCAUACUUCCAUGCUAUGUUUACAAAUGACAUGAUGGAGUGCAAGCAGGAUGAGAUUGUAAUGCAAGGAAUGGACCCAAGUGCCCUGGAAGCUCUGAUCAACUUUGCUUAUAAUGGCAACCUUGCCAUUGACCAGCAGAAUGUACAGUCAUUGCUGAUGGGGGCGAGUUUCCUGCAGUUGCAAAGCAUCAAAGACGCCUGCUGCACGUUCCUCCGAGAACGGCUUCACCCAAAAAAUUGCCUGGGUGUGCGCCAGUUUGCGGAGACGAUGAUGUGUGCUGUGCUGUACGACGCAGCCAACAGCUUCAUCCACCAGCACUUUGUGGAGGUGUCCAUGUCAGAAGAGUUCCUGGCCCUGCCCUUGGAGGAUGUGCUUGAGCUCGUGUCCCGUGAUGAGCUGAAUGUGAAGUCAGAGGAGCAGGUCUUUGAAGCCGCAUUGGCCUGGGUCAGAUAUGACCGGGAACAGAGGGGGCCCUGCCUACCAGAGCUGCUGUCCAAUAUUCGCCUGCCUCUCUGUCGGCCCCAGUUCCUGUCAGACCGAGUACAGCAAGAUGACCUGGUGCGUUGCUGCCACAAAUGCAGGGACCUGGUAGAUGAAGCGAAGGACUAUCACCUCAUGCCAGAGCGCCGGCCACACCUUCCGGCUUUCAGAACUCGGCCUCGCUGCUGCACAUCCAUUGCUGGGCUUAUCUACGCCGUGGGGGGCCUCAACUCAGCAGCAAAUUUUUAUGCAGGUGAUUCCCUGAAUGUGGUGGAAGUAUUCGACCCCAUCGCCAAUCGCUGGGAGAAGUGCCAUCCCAUGACAACAGCCCGCAGCCGGGUGGGUGUGGCUGUGGUGAACGGGCUUCUCUAUGCCAUCGGGGGAUAUGACGGCCAGCUACGACUAAGCACUGUGGAGGCCUACAACCCAGAGACGGACACAUGGACGAGAGUGGGGAGCAUGAAUAGCAAGAGAAGUGCCAUGGGAACAGUUGUGCUGGAUGGGCAGAUCUACGUCUGUGGGGGCUACGAUGGCAACUCCUCCCUCAACUCUGUGGAGACCUACUCACCUGAGACAGAUAAGUGGACAGUGGUGACCCCGAUGAGUUCAAACCGCAGUGCUGCUGGGGUUACGAUCUUUGAGGGCAGGAUAUAUGUUUCGGGCGGCCACGACGGUUUGCAGAUCUUCAACAGUGUGGAGCACUACAACCACCACACAGCCACCUGGCACCCCGCAGCUGGCAUGCUUAACAAGCGCUGCCGACAUGGCGCCGCCUCCCUGGGAAGCAAGAUGUUUGUCUGUGGGGGCUACGAUGGCUCUGGCUUCCUCAGCAUCGCUGAGAUGUACAGCUCUGUGGCAGAUCAGUGGUGUCUAAUGGUACCCAUGCACACACGAAGAAGCCGGGUUUCCCUUGUCGCCAGCUGUGGACGCCUCUAUGCAGUGGGGGGCUAUGAUGGGCAGUCGAACUUAAGCUCAGUGGAGAUGUACGACCCAGAGACGGACCAAUGGACAUUCAUGGCCCCUAUGGCAUGCCAUGAGGGAGGGGUUGGUGUAGGCUGCAUCCCUCUUCUCACCAUCUAAGAAAGAGGAUGGGAUAUGGUGGGGUAGGGACCUGGUACAAAUAUAGGCGCUUCCUUCCAGGGACAAUCCCUCUCGGGAGAGCUGGUGGACCAGAAGAUGGGGUGAAAUAUGAACUCACCCGAGGUACAGUUUUUCCAGGUGCUUAAGUUCUCCCUCACUGUGCAGCCCUUGUGACCCUGGGUCAUCAAGAGGUACAGCACAGGACAGAAGCCCCUCUGGUUCCCACAGCCAGUGACACAGAACUGCUUUGCUGGUCCACGCAUCCACAGGCUCCAUCCAAGCUCAGUUCGCUCCCACCACAGCUUGGCGAGCCACUCAUUUGCAGAAGGCCUUCCAUCUGAUGUUCCUCACCUGCUUGUUCUCCAGCCAUUUUGUGGCCAGUGUGCCAGGGGGAGGCUGCAGCGGCCAGGGCUGUUGAAAACUGUGGGCUCUAGCUGGGAGAGAAAGGACACACCCAAGUGUUCUUACUGCCCGCGAUGGUGCAACCUCAGCAGCGUGCUCGUUGCACACAGGCAUGCUUCUUCCUCCACCAUAGUGCACAGAGGAUUUCGUCCUUGUCUCUCGGUAAGCAGGGAGGACAGAAGUCUUUCCCGUGUCUAACUUUGGGAUUUCAAUGAGAUCUUUUUCAUCUUGCCCAGGAGAAUCAGAAGGGAAAAUGAUACUUGAAAGAAACUGAAGGAAAUUUAAACAAAGAUACACUUGAAAGAAACUGGAAAUAAAAAUACUUUUUUUUAAGUGAACAUUUUUCUGCAGGAAGAAAAUAUAAAAGACACUAAAGGCAAAUAUGUUUAAAUGGAAAACCGUCAAACACAAGCAUGGCAGUAUCCACUCCCACAUCGGAUCCCAGGGUCCUGAGGCCUCGCAAAGAAGACAGGGUUCCCUCUGAGCCCCACCGUAUCUGGAAUCAGUGCAUUCUCAACUGGUCCUGUAGCAAGGUGCUCAUGGGGUUUGUCUUCACACCCACCAUCAGAGGACUUUUUUAACUGUAGGCUUAGUGAGUCUGCUGAAUUACUGCCACUCUUCUAGGUGGGAGCUCCUGGCUGUUGCUGGAGGCUCCAGAUGCCCCUGUGAUUAUCUCCCACUGCCACCACAGCACUCAUUCAGAUUCCCCACUCCCACUUACAUUCCUUCCUUUUAUGACCACCAGGAACCAACAUUUCUGGCCAGACUCUUACUUGCUCAUGUAUCAUUCUUGGAUAAUUUUCCUUAUUGUAAUGUUGCUGGGGCACAUUGCCAUUCGUACCUCUAGAACUUAACCAGGGGCUUGCUCCUUCUACCAACCAUGGGCUAGCUUGGUCUGGUAACCUCAUCUGCCCUGCCAUUCCACUGUUCCACCAUCUACUCGCCAAUUCCAGGGGUCUGUCUUCCCUGUAUCCCUUGGUAGACCAACCAGCAAGGUGGAUCUUUACAUUCAAGCAAAGCUGACUUUAUGACAUAAAAAACAAAAGGCUGAAAGAAUCUUUUGCUGCUGCAAUGAACAGACUUUAUAUCCCUUCCUCUAAUCUUGGCAAAUGACCUCAUGAAGAGACUCUGCUCCUUCCUCCCACCCCCUGGAUGGGACCUUAAUGUAGCACAGUAGGACCCAAAAAGGAGGACAUUUUUUGUUACCAGUGCACUGGGCAGUGGGUCUGUCCUUCAACUGCUGCUGCCAAAAUCUGGUUUUCUAAAAUUCUUCCAGUAAAGAGACUAAAAGAGGAUACAAUUCCUUUUAGCACAAAACUGAGUCUUAGGGUCCCACUCUCCACCUGGUUGGUUUCUUGUCCUUUGCUGCCUGCCUGGAGUGGCCUGGAAGCCCGUUCCGAAAGGCAGUGUGGAGCCCGGGUUGUCUUCCCACCCCAGGACCAUCAGGUUCACCAGUGUGUGCAAUCGCCAUGUACUCAGAGGGAAGGACCUUUGUUACCUGCAACUCAGGAGCUGGGCCUCUGCUGCAAGCACUUGAAAGUGAUGUUUUUAUUUUAGUAGACUUGACAGUCUGAUUGCUGAUAUAGUUUAGCCUGGGCUCCUGGGGAGCCCCACAUUUCUCACUCCCCUUGGUUUGCCUAUGGAGGUAGAUUAAAGGAGGCUGGGGUCUGGGUUUCAUAUUAAGAGGAGUGUAUCAGUGAGCCCAUUUUGUGAAUUUGAAGCAGCACUGACAAGCCUGGAUUGUGAAGAAGGCAUUCAAUGGGCUGCUGAGUGGGCCUUGCUGGGUCCUCAGGAUGCCAUUGGGUAUGAUAGAUCAUUUCCCAUGGUCUGCUGCUCUUGUGGUGACUUUCCUGAGUCCACCCCCACCUCCUAGCAUAGAAGUUGCACUGCACACCUGAGGUCACUGUUUCCAUGUAAGAUCAAGCCAGUGCUUUGAACUGGGCUCUGAGCACAACUGAGCAAACACUAAUGUUUUUUACACACACACAGUCAGAUCCCAAAUGGCUGUGUGCAAAGGGCUGGUCUGGCUCUUCAGUGUUGGAGUCCUUCCAAUAGCACCAUGAAAAGAAGAGGCAUGGCCCAAGGUAUUGUGGUAAGGAUAGAACAAGGAUGUGGGGCAGAGACUCUGCUCAGUGGACCUUGGGCUCUAGCCCAGCUCUGAGCAGAGGACUGUGGCUUUCACUGUCCUUGGACCCUUCACCUUGGAUGACACACACAGCCUCCCCUUCUGGAUUUCACCUGAGGUUGUGCCACAUGGGAGUGAAAGACCAGCCUCUUCACCACAAAGAGAUCUGACUAGGUAGGACUUCUGUCCCCCCUACCCCACCCCAAUUUAUCAUUUCACAGAAAAUCUUUUAUUUAUAGAACGCAUGUCUUUUGUGUUAAGAAACCAAAGAGAAAUAAAGAGAACACACC